GAGCGGCUCAGAUGUCGGAGUAGCGGCGGCUCCCGGCGCUCCGCAACCUGCGUCUGCGGCAGCGGGGGCUGGCGGCCCGGCCCCUGCCCGGCCCCCUCCCCCAACCCCAUGCCUCAGCCCUAACCCCUCCGCCCUCCCCCGCGGGGGGCAUUUCCUGGUGCCUCCUGCCCUCCCCGUCCAAGUCAGGCGCCAUGAACGACCAGUACCACCGGGCGGCCCGGGACGGCUACCUGGAGCUCCUCAAAGAGGCCACCAGGAAGGAGCUGAACGCCCCCGACGAGGAUGGCAUGACUCCCACCCUCUGGGCUGCCUACCAUGGCAACCUGGAGUCCCUGCGUCUCAUCGUGAGCCGAGGGGGUGACCCAGACAAGUGUGACAUCUGGGGCAACACGCCCCUGCACCUGGCGGCUUCCAAUGGCCACCUGCACUGCCUCUCCUUCCUGGUGUCCUUCGGGGCCAACAUCUGGUGCCUGGACAACGACUACCACACGCCGCUGGACAUGGCCGCCAUGAAGGGCCACAUGGAGUGCGUGCGCUACCUGGACUCCAUCGCGGCCAAGCAGAGCGGCCUCAACCCCAAGCUGGUGGGCAAGCUGAAGGACAAGGCCUUCCGCGAGGCGGAGCGGCGCAUCCGCGAGUGCGCCAAGAUGCAGCGCAAGCACCACGAGCGCAUGGAGCGGCGCUACCGGCGCGAGCUGGCCGAGCGGUCGGACGCGCUCAGCUUCUCCAGCCUCACGUCCAGCACCCUGAGCCGCCGGCUGCAGCACCUGGCGCUGGGCGGCCACCUGCCCUACUCGCAGGCCACGCUGCACGGCACGGCCAGGGGCAAGGCCAAGAUCCAGCGGAAGCUGGAGCGGCGCAAGCAGGGCGGCGAGGGCACCUUCAAGAUCUCCGAGGACGGCCGCAAGAGCGUGCGCUCGCUCUCGGGCCUGCAGCUGGGCAGCGACGUGAUGUUCGUGCGCCAGGGCACCUACGCCAACCCCAAGGAGUGGGGCCGCUCCCCGCUCCGGGACAUGUUCCUCUCGGACGAGGACAGCGUCUCCCGUGCCACGCUGGCGGCCGAGCCUGCCCACUCGGAGGUCAGCACCGACUCCGGCCACGACUCCCUGUUUACGCGGCCCGGCCUGGGCACCAUGGUGUUCCGCCGGAACUACGUGACCAGCGGGCUGCACGGGCUGGGCCGCGAGGACGCGGCGCUGGACGGCGGGGGCGCGCCGCGAGGCCGGCUGCAGAGCUCCCCCAGCCUGGACGACGACAGCCUGGGCAGUGCCAACAGCCUGCAGGACCGCAGCUGCGGGGAGGAGCUGCCCUGGGACGAGCUGGACCUGGGCCUGGAUGAGGACCUGGAGCCCGAGACGAGCCCGCUGGACACCUUCCUGGCCUCCCUGCACAUGGACGACUUCGCCUCCCUCCUGCGGCAGGAGAAGAUUGACCUCGAAGCGCUGAUGCUGUGCUCCGACCUCGACCUCCGCAGCAUCAGCGUCCCCCUGGGGCCCCGCAAGAAGAUUCUGGGGGCCGUGAGGAGGAGGAGGCAGGCGCUGGAACGCCCGCCUGCUCUGGAGGACACAGAGUUGUAACAGGGGGCUCCUCUCUCCAGACCAAAUGAAUUGCGAGUUGCCACAACCCACCGUGAGGCCACGAGGUCCUCACGGUCGCCAGCCCUGAAGCCCCCCCGGCCCCUCCCCAGGAGCAAAGACCAUGUGGGUCAUCUCCCUUGAAAGCCUGUCCACACGCCACAACGGAGGUGUAGUCUGGAGGUACCAGCAAGGGGUCCAGGAGCCCUUGAGCCACUCCCGUCUGAAUGGCCCUAAAGGACAUGUGGAUUCCUGGGAGGCCAGCUCCAGAGGAAGGGCAGGGGACCCCUGGAGCCCCAGGGGAUAGACGACAUACCCAUUAGAGCUGGAUGGGAGUGUGUGUGGAAGGGGCAUGGCCUGUCCCAGGGGCCGCUGUCUCUCCCCACCCCUCCUCUGACGGUCCUGCUGUGCUCAGGCUGGAGACUUGCUCACUUCUUACAUUUUUGUGAAGGGAAGAGUUUGGGCUGGCUCCCUCCCCUCCCCCCACACCGCAGAGAGGAGGUUCCUGGCUAGACUCUUCAGCCAAAUGCCCUGACUUUGGUCCCCACUCCUGCCCCAAGCCAGCCCCCUUCUCCUUCACCUAUUGGCCAUGUCUGGGAGUUGGAGCGCCAGGCUGGCAUGAAGUGGGGGUGACUGGCACCCUCACCAGCUCACCUGGUGAGCUGGUGGCCUGACUCUGCCCUCCUCACCCUGCCUCCAGCCUGGUCCUCCUCCAGGGACCCCAGAGGGUCAGGCCAAUAGAUGCAAGGUGCUAGAGCAAUAAUCUGCAGUAUUAUGGCCCCGAGGCCUGGCGGGCGUGCCCUGGGCUGGAGAAAGGCAUCUGCCAACAGCCUCAGCUGGGUGUCUAGCCUAGUUUGGGCGAGUCCUGGGACAUAGAAGAGCCUGGGGAUGUGGAUAAUCUAAGCUGCUGACUGUCCCCAGGUCCCCAGGGCCCUGUGCAUGUGUGUCUGUGCUGGGGGCUGGCUGGUGGCUUUCCCUCCGGGUCUGGAGGCGGCUGGGCAGCUGCGAGGUUCUGUGUAGGUAGGUCAGCAGGAGCUCAGUAUGUGUCCCUGCUCUGUGAUGGCAGUGAGACCAGGGAGGAGGCCAGCCCCGGACCCGUUUCCCUGACCCUCCCGCUCCCACCGGGAGCACCACUGCAGCUCCCAUCUCUUUCCUGGGCCCCCUUGGCUAGGUCAGGAGAUGAGGGGACACCCAAAGAAUGCCACAGGCCUCCCUCUGCAUCUGUGUCUGUGCUGGGGGAGGGGGACGGGGGAGCGGUUUCCGUUCCCACAAAGAGGGCUUGGUGGCCUGUCGCUGCCACCCUGAGCCCAUGCCAGUCCUUUGCCCUGUCAUCUGGGCCUGGGGCCGCCCCCAAGUGCCGACUCAACUUUCUCAGAGCCCCAGGUGCUGCCCUUUCUCUUCUGUCCCCUGUGUCCUGCCUCAGCCUCCUCCCUGUUCUCCCAGUUCCCGGGGUGGGGCAGGCUCUGGGAUUCCUACUGCCGCACAAAGUACCCCUCCCGCAGGCUCAUUAUAACUUUUGUAGAGAAUGUUUUGUAUCGUUGUCA